AUGCCGACAACGAGCCCCAACAACCCUUACGACGACAUCCUAAAAGACAAUCAGAAUGAUCCUGUCAGGGUCCAGGCAUUCUGUGAGAAUCAACGGACGAGCCGAAAUGCCAAAUUCCGCAUCCAGCUUCUCGACCCUGGCUUCAAGGGCUUCAAGCGGGAUGAAAUCCUGUUCAAUAUGAUCAAUGUGGCUGGCUUUACAGAUCCGAGGAACAAUCUAUGCGUGUGGGCUCGGCCAACGUGGAAAGUCAUGGAUCUAGUCUUGAGAUGCCAGGAAGAGCUGAAGCAGAUGAGUCCAAAUAUAUGGCUGAUGCCCCAGGACUGCCUACACAUGACAGUGUUGGAAAUUGCCCAAUCCCUGACGCCGGAAGAGCUCAAUGCUGUUAACAACCGCAUCAGCCCUGCUGUCCACACACUGGCAUCCUACCACAUGGCCCACCGCACUCGUCUUGUCAAGCCUAAACUGUCGUUCGACGAUGCGGCUAUUGCACUGACUUUUGUCCCCGCAGCAGGCGAGCCCAGUAUUGUAUCGACAGGAGAUUCGAGACUGGAUGGCUGUAGCGACGACUACACGUACCUACACUUACGGCGAGACCUAAUUCGUGUUUGCCACGGUGAGGGAGUGCGAAUUUUUGCUAGAUAUGCUACAACGAGUUGUCAUUUGACUAUUGCUCGGUUCCUUAGCAGCGACGACUUCGCGGCAGACGGACAAUUAAGUCACUCGAAAGUUGUGAAAUGGGUUGAGAUGCUGGACACGAUCAAUGCUCGGUUGGAGCAGGAGUUCUGGCCUAAAGACGGUGUUAUGCCGGAUGCCGCCGGAGAAUGGUUUGUCGGUAGUGAGAGAGGGCUAGAGGUGAGAAGGGGUCGCAUUUGGUACGGUGGAGGAGAGACGUGGGAAGCUGGUGACGGCUUUUAG